AUGGCGCAUCUUAGCAGCGACCCUUCGUUAAAAGAAAGGUAAGAUUCGAUGUAUUCUCUGCAGUAUCUCUUCCUGAUUUCGACCUUGUUAGUUCAUUUGUAUUGAUUUUGUAAGGUUUCCUAUUUCAGGUGGAUUAUAGUUUACCCGGCGUAUUUAAAUAGUCGAAGAACCGUUGAACAAGGUCGACGUGUUCCAAAAACUAAGGUACGGAAGGUUCGAUGCAAUAAACGUGGAGAAGAACUCGCAGAUUCUUCUCACUUACAUACCUAGUGGUGACUUUUCUUUUUAUCAUAUUCUUAACUUUAGCUUAUACUGUGACUGGAAAAAGUCGAUAUAUUGGCCGACAAAAAACAGCUGAACAGUUCGCCGAUCACAUCUGUUGCGCUAUUGUUCUAGUGUUUAUAGUAUGACAGAGUCACUUUGUUUUUUGACUUGGACAAGGCCGAUGCGUGAAAUCAGGGCAGCUUCAAACACUUGUCUUUACAUAUGGCUUUUUCUUUGUACUUGUAAGCAUAAUGAAAAAUAUUAUAUGAAAUUUUAAUUGUAAUAAUAAUAUUAAAUAUUAUUAGUUAACAUUUAUUGAUAGUAAUACUCACUUGGUUAUAUAAGACACAAGCAAGGUGAAAAUCAGCUGAAACAAAUGUUCUCUUUAAAUUCUGUGAAAAAUGCUACUUACCUUGAGUGUAAGCAAAAAGGUUUCUCUUGAAUGGUCACAUCAAGGAAAACUUGAAAGAACAUUAAGUUGCACUCCAUUAUUGCUCUCUUUUCCAGUUCAAGUAACAUUUACUCCCUUCAUCAUAUUGAAGCCAAAUAUAUGAUGUUAAAAGAAUGAAAGUUGACUCUUUACUACCAUAUAAAAUUAUUAUAUAAUAUGAUAUGGUAUUUUAAGAGAACAGGAUUUUUUGUUGUUGUUAACAUGUUCAUUUAAUGAUCUGAAGUGCUGAAUUACUGGUAAUUUGAUUAGUAUCAUUUAAUAAGUACAAUAUUUUUAUGCAUCUACACAGGCAGCUGAUAACCCAACAGUUCAUGAAAUAAGGGAUGUCUGCCAAAGUCAAGGUCUCAACUGUGAAAUCGAGGUAAUGUUAAGUUUUUGAGCGAGCACAAAAGUGUGAUCAAGUCUUGAAGCCGCCUUGCGGUCUUCUUCAUCGAUUUGGUCUGCCUAGUAAGUUGAAGUGAAAUAUUUGGUGCAUCUGAUUUACAUCUUGUCAAUUUAAUUUUUUUUUUUCUCAGAACAAAUAUUAUCCCAGAGACAGUGCUAAAGAUGCCAUGUGCAGAGGUCGGGUGAGAGUGCAAUUAAAAAACAGUGACAGCAGCUUCGUCAACGAAAAAUUUCAGUCAAGUAAGGUUGACACUUGUUAUAGUGUGUAGAUUACAUGUACAUGCACUUUAAGAUAAUUAUUGCAGCCCGAUCACUAGUUCCAUAUCAGCAUUUGUUUGCCUUUUUCUCUAGCACACAGCCAGACAAAACACUAAGUAUGUGUGGUCAUAAGUCUCUCUGUGUAGCUCAGUUGGCUAGGGUGCUGAUCUUUAACAAGUCAUAGACUCAACCCUGUUGGCAACUCAAGGUGUUCUCACAUUUUCAUAUUUUUCUAAACCAAUUUAUGGCAAAACAGCUAUAUUUUUGUGCUGGUGAUACAAUUUGUCUGGAGCAAGAUUGAAAAUGGAGGGUAGACAGGGAAGAUGGUUUUGUUCCAAUGCUGCACAUCUGCCAGGCCCUUCACAUGCAGCUGCGGUGAUCUUUUUAAAACCUUUUGUAAACAGCGAUUUUGUGAAAAAACCAUGACUUUUAAGCAGUCUAGAGACAUGAUUUUUUUUUCAUGUGAUGGAGUCUUUCAUCAGUUACCCAGACAUAAUUUGGCCAAUGGGUUAAAAAAAGGAGACACAGCCAAGCUGUUAAUCUGAAAAAAAAUCUUCUUAUGACUUCAGCUUUACGUGGGUUAGCAACUUCCUACGUAACAGAAAUGUUGCAACUCUACAGACCAUCAAGAAGUUUAAGAUCUGUUUCUAAGAAACUCCUAAUGGUACCAAUAGCUAAGUUGAAGGGCUAUGGCUGUUGGUCGUUCUCAUUAAUUGCUGUACCUAAACUAUGGAACUCAUUGCCAGAACCUGCCCGCCAUCAUGACUGCUACAGUUUUAGUAUUUAUGUUUUUGAUCACUGAAUGUACAUUUUCUUAACAUUAUCUCUAUUUAUAAUAUUUCUUUGUAAAGGAAAAGCGUUAUUUCAGUUCAUUGGUGAAAUGAUCCCAAAGCUGAAGAGUCGUCAAACCAAGUCUUCACAAAGUGACAGUUCCAGCCAACAGCCAGGAACUGCAGCAAGCUCCAAGAAAAAGAAAGGGAAAAAAGGCAAAGGGAAAUAA